GGUUCCUAAGGCUAACUAGAACAUCCCAUUACUUAUAAUAAAGUGUCUGCUUGGAUUCGAAUCUGGGCGGUACCGUCUUGAUAUAUUUACUAUAUAUAUAUAUAUUGACCGCAUAUUUGUACUUCCAAGUUCAAGUAUCAUAGUAUUUGUAGAAGGUUUCAUUUGAAGCCAAGUUUUGCUUCAGUAUCUAUUGACCCAUAUCGCUAUUUUUUUCUCGGAAAAAUACGAGGGGUAACUACUACCACUUAUUCGUCUCUUGAAAACUACAAGCUUUUGUAUAAAAGGAACAGCUAAAAAGUAUAUUCUUUAGCUGUAGCUCGUUUUCACUUUGUGCAUUUCUUUAAAACCGAUCUGCCAGUAUGGAUUUCCAACAAACCCGUGAUAUAUGAUUUCUGCUUUAAAAAAACUUCCUGAUAUAUGGUCUUCAGCCUUAACGUCAGUUCGAUGGUUAUGCACUUCGCCAUCCUAUCCAAACAAUAAUUCUUCUGUUCCUCUCGUAGAAUUGAGGAAUCGCCGUGAAAUCUUUGUCAACAAACUGAACAUUUGCACUGAACAGCUGGUAAAUAGGCCUUCCUAUCACAUAGUUAUAAUACCAGCCUCAGAAAUACAGUAUAUGGCUUACCAUGUUCCAUACCCUUUUCACCAAGAUUCCAACUUCUUCUACUUCACUGGAUUAAGUGAACCAAAUGGAGUUCUGUUGUUUUGCACAGAUAAAACAGAAGAGCAUCGCGAUCAAAGUGGCUCCAAUUGGUCGACUCAUCUAUUCGUGGAGACUCAAAACAAACAUGCCGAAAUCUGGGAUGGUCCAUCUUUGACGCUAUCAGAAGCUUCUUUGGCAACUGGGGUUGAUAAUUCCCAUCCUUUGAAUGAAUUUAGUAACUUUUUGAACCAUCAAGCUUUAUUUGCGCAAUCCAUAUGUGUUUGGUAUAGUCCAUUAUCAUCCAAAAAUUUUGUUGAGCGCCCCUUAAAUAAGUUCGUUUUGAGAAAGAUUUUAGAAUUCUCCCGGCAAAUUGGCGACAAAAGUAUUAGCUUUGAAAAUCCAGACUAUAUAAUCGACAGAAUUCGCUUUAUAAAAUCAAAUUAUGAACUAAGACAGAUUAAAACCGCGGUUAUUGCAGCGAUCGAGUCUCUUAAGUCGGCUAUGCAAAUUACACAACCAGGAAUCACGGAAACUGCUUUACAAGGUCAUAUAGAAUACCAAAUGCACAGCCGAGGCUGUUCUGUCGGGUAUCCUCCUGUUGUUGCUGGAGGGAGUAGAACAAACAUCAUUCAUUACAUGAAAAACAAUAUGAGAAUUGAGAAUGGGGAAUUGGUUUUGGUGGAUGCUGGAUGUCGCUUUAACGGGUAUACGUCCGAUAUUACUCGAACUUGGCCAGUAAACGGUAUGUUGAAGUGUUUUCGCUUACUUAAUUUUAACACUUGAAAAUUCUGAAGCUUGCAAAUUAAGAAAAUUAAAGCUAGACAGAUUUAAUUAGGUUUUUCCAACUAACUGGAUCUCACGAAUUGUCAUGCCAUUGAUAGCCUCGUUCAUAACAUGUAGCCUCAAAAUAUCUUAGUCAUUUAUACCAAAUGGUAAUUCCUAGCACACAAGUAUUAAAAGCCUGUAAGGUCAGUACGGCAAGUUCAAAAACAAAUUGUUUAAAUUAUAUUAGAAAUUUGAAAUACUACGACUUUUUGUCAAAAAAAUCUGUCUAGACUCCUUCAGAGUAAUAACCGAAAUCAAGAUUAUCGAAAAGCAUGUGACGUUUAGAAACCAAAUCAAAUCUACAUUAAAUGCCUGUCCAAUGAUAUUCAAGUGUUAACUUUGGUACAUAGGAUAAGUAUGAUAAUUAGAGGUAUUCGAAUCAUUUUUAUUUAUUAUUUAUUUCAACACAAAUAUUGGUACAAGAGGGCACCAAGUAUAUAUGCGCCUCCAAAUGCCCUGGUAUGGCCGAGAAUGGGACGGGCCCGCCCUCCCUGUCGAAAUGCUCUCACACGGCCACGCGUAUACAGCCUCUGCUAGGGAAGUCCUACUCACUGCCUUCUCGUGGCGGGGGUGUUGUUUACGAAAAUGAGAGGAUGAAAGGCGAAUAUCCGGCGCUUUAACCGGAUCCUAAACCAAUGGUGCACACGAGCUCCAGUAUCAUGCGGGGACAAUUGGCGCAUGAACCAAUCGUUGAUCACCGGCUACCAUGGAACUGCAUCUCCUUACGGUGCUCCACGGCCUUGUGGAUCAGACCUUUAGGUCAAAGGCUCGGGGUGUGGCCCCCUGAGAAAACUACCUGCUUCGGUCUGGGCACCCGGGCAGUAUCACAGCCCCCCCACACACACAAAUAUUCGAAUCAUCAUGCUAAAUAGGAAUUCCCGAAAUGAAUGUAUUAUAUUUGGAAUCCGAAAUAAACAGGUAUUUAAUUACAACAGAAUCAUUAGUCCGUACAAAUAAAUGUGAAAAGUACACACGGUGAAAAUAGAUGAGUGUGUGUAUGUGGAACUGUGAUAUUAAUAAUUGAUAUUCAAUGAACGAAUGUUAGUAAUUUAAUUGUCUACUAAACUCCUUUUAAUUCUAUGGUAAAUACCGUCAAUAUUUAUCGCUUUCUCAACUUCUAUAGUUUUUAUGAUGCAGCAUAACCAUACUCCUUACUCAUUCUCGUGGAUAUGUUCGUACAAAUAAUCAAAGCUUUGUAAGACACUGGUCGUACCAGGUUAUUUCGAUUUCUCAUUUUAAAGAAGUAUCUGUGAUCUUGUGUCAGUUUGAUGAAUUAUCCAAUCUCAUUCCACUUAUGAUAUUUGAGAUAUAGGGCUAGACAGGUAUGACGCCUUAUUCCUACCACUAAAUAACUUUUUAACAGAUGCCUUAUAUUAAGUUUCACUUUCAGUAAAACGUGCAUUAGUACCUACUUACUCCAUUAUAGUUGGUGAAUGUUUCAGUUAGGUCAAAUCCAAAACAAUGUAAUUACAUAUUAAAAUCUGUUUAUUCAUUAGGAAACUUUUCGGCACCCCAAAAAGUUAUACAUGAAAUAUUAGUUGAUGUACAGAACUCAUGUGCAUCUUUAGCCUCUCCUGAACAAAGUCUGCAAGAUGUAUAUCAUCAUAUGCUGUCUGAAAUAGGACGACACUUAAUAAGUGAGGGGAUUAUCCCAGACCAGGACAAGUUGCAUGUAAGUUGAUUUUUUUAAAUAGAUACUUACCUCCUAAUCAAAUUCCUUCAUAGUUACAUAUUACCAUUAGUAUUAUUAUCGGUAUUUCCAUGAUCUUAUACUUAAUUGACAUACGAUUGUUCCAACACCUUGAACUUGAUCCAAGUUUCCUCUUGCUAUGGACAUUAUUGUCUUCAUAUACACAUAUCAUCUGCUGCUGAUCUUAAAAUGAUCUACUACACAACAAUCUAUUAAUGAUUGUGGUUUGAUUUAAAUUGAACAAAAAUAAGUAGAAGUUUAAAUCAAAAUUUCACUGUUCUUACAGUCGCUACAUCAUAGUAAAGUGAAAUGAGUUAUUUAUUUAUUUGAACACAUAAAUAUUGGUACGAGGGGCACCAGAUAUAUAUGCUGCAAAGAAUUUGCAAGCUCAUUUUCAUAAAGACUGAUAAAAGUAUUUGAUUUCCACUUACAUUGAUUAACAACAAUUAUUGGCUCGCAUGUAGUUUCGAGCGUAAAUCCUUUCAAAUAUGAACGACAAACUUCCAUAAUAUUAGGUAUAUAGAUACGCAUUUAAGCGCCAAAUCCAUUAUGUACCUGUAAUAAGUGAUCUCUCAAAUGUACAUACUUCGUUCACUUCGAAUAUCCUUUGUAAGUGAAGUGGUGGUUAUACGAUAUAAAAACAACUUCCAAUUGAUAGUUCACAACCCACUUCACCCUGAGCCAUGUUGGUAGAUGCAGACUAUUUGCUUGAGGUCCAAGUGACUAUCGCAACCAAUGGUUGGAGACUAUGGGUAACAUGGCUUAGAAUCGAUCACAGUGGCGUCGGCGUAUACAUGCUUUGCUUUAUACCUUUCUUUCUGUGAACUAAUUCUUCCAAUUUUAUAUUCUUAUACACAAUCUUUCUUUUAUAUAUUACUACCACUGAAGUGAAUAUUUCUAUGAAUUUGGUGUUCAUUUUGUGCUAAUGAGGUGUGGCGAGUUGGACCGAUGCAUAUAUGUGCCUGGUCCUAUGUUGCAGCUGAUUGACCCCACUUCACCUCUCUCGGGGAGCUGGUUAGUAUUACUGGUCCUCACAUAGUGUGACUUGAGGUCGAGUACGUGGAUCUGCAAGUACGAAACGUGUUUAAAGACUUACUUAAUAUGCUGAACAUGACUGUUCAUUUCUAUUAUUAUUCUUGCCAAAGGUUUCGAUAUAUGUAAUUCAUCUAACGCAAGACAUUAUUAUAAUAAUCGCAAGUAAACGUUUUUAUGAAAGGGCUUGUAUGAUCAUAUGAAAUUAGCCAAAUUGAGAGUUUCCUAAUCGUGGGGCUUAGCACUUCACCUUAGCAUGAAAUCCAAAUUGCUGACAAACGUGAUUUAAUUCAGUGGCGACAACCUAGAACUCAGAUUCACAAGUUCGCCGGAAAAUAUCUUGUCUAUUUUGUCACCAGAUAUUUUUUGUUACUAGGCACUGCACAGAAGCACUUUCUUCACGGUUGCCACUUUAUAACAAACACGAUUUGGACUUGAAGUAUAGAUUUCAAAACUUGUAUGCUUUAGCCAAACUGCUAGAUCAGUUUUAACGCAAACUAUUCUGCUUUUUCUCGAAAUAUGUUACCAUGAUACAUAUUACGAUUUUGAACCGACCUUACGCAAAAAUUUUAUUUUUAAAAUUCAGGUUGCACAAAAGAUAUGUCCACAUCAUGUCGGACAUUAUCUUGGUUUAGACAUUCAUGAUACUCCUACGAUACCUAGUACAAAACGUUUCGAAGCAGGCGUUGUGUUCCCUUUAGAACCAGGUAUUUACUUCAGAGAUGAGUUGGCGAAACUGGGCGUUUCGAGAGACUUUCUGGGCAUCGGUAUGCGAGUAGAAGACGAUUUCGUCAUGUCAAAAACUGGCUGCGCUGAGAACUUAGAACACGUCAAAGAUGAUUUAUUAUUGGAAGAAGCCUAAAAUUCAUGUAAUAAAUUCGAAAUUGAUGAAUAUGUUGAUUUAAAAACUAUGGAUUUCUAAAUUGUCACAAUAGUCUUUAAAUCAGUGUUUCAUGAAAAUACUAAACAACAUUCCACCUGACGAAAUGAUUUUUUAGGUCACUGUCUUAGCUUGACUUACGAAGGCUUAGUAUCUAGUUUUAUCGAACUGUUUCCAUAAAAUUCACUGCGGUAUAAUAAUCUCUGACAGAGGAAUGUUGGUCAUACCUGGAAUUAACUAAAAUGACGAAGUCGACCGAGAAAUAAGCCCUUAGGUGUGGUAGCUUACGUCAGCCAAGUUUAAAAUCUGAAGUAUUCUUUUCAAAUGGGUGAGUUUAUUUCCAUCUCACAGCCUAUUGAAUUAAACAGUCGUGAUAUUCAAAGACUAAGAAGAGAAUGAGGUCAGUAAACAUGUGGAGCACCCCACUCCUAAAAAUAUAGGGAUUUGCUGUCAUGUGCACUGGACUGCUCCGCUUGCUGGACGUAGUUACAUUAAGCCCAGCGCGCUAAUCAUCUAUGGGUUCAUGUUGUUUGGUAACUGGCAGUAUCUGCAGAAAUACUGAGUCGCUCAGAUAUUAUCACCUCAACUAUUUUGUCUCCAUAUUGUCGAAAAUAGUGUGUUAUCAACGUCCAUUUACCCGGUCCUCGUUAGGAGUGGCUGGCGGGUGAACAAGAUAGUGUUACGAUAAAUGGAAGCUGUUCAUAUAUGAAUAGGAUAAAAAGUUGUAGUCAAAUGAAUAUUUACUGGUACAAUUCCGAAAACAGUUGUCCGAUUAGAUAACAGUAUAUGAAGGGCUGCAAUCCAGAUAAACUUCUGAAGAUGUGCACUGAUGAUCUGGUAAGAUAGCGGGAAAUGGUGGUUAGCAAAUUUGUUCGGAAGCUAUCUAAGUGGGCUUAUUCACGAAUUCAGCUUGAGAAGUUGAGCUCAUUGCAAUGUCCUAGUGUGACAAGGUUUUAAUUGCUUCGUCAAUAAUAAUAUGAGGUAUGCAAACUUGCAUCCUUGGCUAGGUGGUGAUGCUCCAUAUUCGACACUUAAUAGAGUAUAAAACUAAAUUUAAUGGUGGUGGGAUGUAUGGAGGUCCAACAGUAAUUUCCUGAGGAUUUGCUCUGUGAGCCAGAAAUGAAUCACCUAUAAAACUACGAAACAAAAAACGCCAACAGGAAAUACUCUUGACUUAUAAUGACAAUGACCAGCCGUUAAUGUUACUUAGGAAUCAAGUCCAAGAAAUCUCAUUGAAGUAUUUUAUCAAUACAUGCUUUGUGUGGGAGUGAGCUUCCUAGUUAUUCCCAAAGUAUUUUAUCAGUUCGUCUAGAUGGGUUUGUUUGCCGUAGUUUAUGUUUGUCGUAUCCAUUCGUCCUUGUAUUUGCGAUAACUUUGUCGGUUGACCCUCUGGCCUCGCAAUUGUUUAACAUUCCCCAUGUGUUCAUAGAUUUAGAUCGAUAUGGCUGUUGGCUGCCAACUAACCACAAUUUACCUGGCACUAUCAGGUUUUACCCGAUUCGAUUAUACGUAAGUUAAAGGAGAACCCACUUGUUCUAAUGUAGCAGUUGAUGCAAUCUACUUUGUUUAGGUUAGAUUUGUAUUUUAUAUGCAAUGCGAUGAAAUGGUUGUAUUGGUUUUGUAGCGAAUGUAAUUCCAUAGGGCCUUAGGAUCAUUGUACAGGUUUCUGCGAUAUUUCUUAAAUGUGGUGAGAAAAUCUGCUUCCGUUUUCUAGGGUUGGUAUUCUAAUUGUAUGUCAGGGUAGGGUAGUUAUUCUUGAGGGAGAUGAACUGAAGAUGAGUUCCAAUUCUUCGUGUAAUGAGAGCACUUAAGUGAGUUUCCACUUAACUGAAUAGCGUCCGGUCACAACUGCUUUUGGGUGCUGUUGUAGAUUAGUAUUUUAUACAUGUAGCUUGGUUUUCCGUACACUUGUGUCUCCAAGUGCCUGUAUUUCUGUUUCCAUUUUUGUUUAACUUCAUCAUAGACCUCACCGAAAUAACAUUCUCGUCCACUGAAUUCUCGGGUAUUGAUCUUCUUCCAGGAGGUCCACUUAUCGACUUAGAAUACGCAGAUGAUAUAGUCCUGUUUGGUGGAGACGCUGAUAAAAUACAGAGUUUUUUGGUAGCACUAAGCAACAAUGUUCGGAAUGCGCUUCUCUCCUUCUAAAUGCAAGCUGCUGCUUCAGGACUGGUCUGCAUCAACACAUGAACUAAGGAUAGGGAGUGAAGUAGUCGAACGCGUUGACAACUUCACUUAUCUUGGAAGUCUGAUCAGUCCUAAUGGGUUGGUGUCUGACAAAAUCUCAGCACGGAUUCGAAAAGCUCGCUUGGCUUUUGCCAACUUACGUCACCUAUGGCGAAAACGAGAUAUUCGUCUAUCAACAAAGGACGAGUAUACUGCGCGGCAGUCUGUUCUGUUUUAAUUCACGGCAGC